AAUGGUAGCAAUCGCAAAGGGGGGCUCGAAAGGAGCUGGGAGGAGCAGCGCGUCUUUUGUACAUAAAUGAAGUCUUUAAAUAAAUACACUGCCAUAUAAUUGUCGGGUGUUCCAGUGAAUAUUUGGUGGUCGUGCAGCGCUGAAAUCAAGCACUGUCGGCAUGCUUGACCCUGUGCAGAUACUGUGGCUAGUCGCCGUGGCCGCUCUGUGGGGGUUUUCAGCCCCGCUCUUGCGUCGAGGGGCCAAAGGUGUGGAGGAUAUCAAACGCCAAGGAGCAGUGAGCCAGUGGCUCGCGGAAGUAAAGUUCCUUGCGACCAGACCGCAGUAUGUGAUGCCAUUCCUAAUAAACCAGAGUGGGUCUGCCAUUUAUGCGCUGGCCCUAGGAUCUGCAGACUUGUCCUUGGCGGUGCCACUUACCAAUUCUCUCAACUUCAUCUUUGUCACCUUGGCUGGGCGUAUUCUGGGCGAAACAACCACUAGUGCUCGCACAUACAUUGGAAUGGCCCUUGUGACCACAGGAGUGACACUGUGUGUUGCCGACAAAGCCUGGAACCAAGGUUGACCUUCCUCUCUUCUUUUUUUUUUUAUAGCAAGAGCAUCGGGGAGCGAUCACUUUAGCAUCCCAGUGAUAGCAGCACAUGGAUAUAUCUCUGUGUAGACUGAGGAAAGUGAGAUCAUCAAGUGAUUGGUACAUAAGUCAGAAAUUAUGACUUGCUGGGCUUCUAUUUCAUUUUUUUUUAAUUGCACCUCAUAUUUAAGUCACCAAACUGGAAUAUUCAAGUGCUGUGAUGUUGCAUUGCGUUUCACCUUGUCUGGCUGAGAUCAUAAUUUAUUCUGGAAUAGAGUGCCUAUAGUGUCUUGUCAAUGUGCAGUUAGACAAUGUACGAAGAGAGCACAGUCUCACUUUCGUGCUAAGGUGUAUCGAGUGACCUAAAUUAAACAUUCCAUCAAUUUGUCUGCACUUUCUCCACUAGUUCUGACAGGUGAAACAGAGUGUGUAAAUGAGUGUGGUGUAGCAACAUGUUGUCUUCAUGGUGCACCCAAUUAGUAGAGUAGAAAAGUUCAGCGACAUCCAUGCCUCAUUGUGUGCUGUCAUAAGCCUUUGGGGUGAAUGCUAUGCAUGAAUUUUUAUUGCCAUAUUAUGUGCUGUAUUUACUCCAUUGUAACGUGCACCUUAUUUUCAUGGUGAGAAAUGAAAAGCUGUAUGGCCCUGACUGUUCACUUACCAGAUUUUCACUGUAAGAGAGAAAGUAAUUGCAGUUUUUUUUUUCUCAGUUAGAAACACAGUUAUUGCAUCCAAGUAACAGUGAACUGCACGUUAUUCAUUGUUGCUAUCAGAGGCCUCCUUAUCGCUAUAUCAACAGCCCAUCCAUAACAUCUCAUCUUCAGUGCCGUCCAGGGCAUUUGAGAAACCCAAUUUCAUUAAAUGCCUUGCAGACCACGGUAGCAUAACAAAAUUACAAAAGCGGGCUCAAAUAGAGUUGCAACUCCUAGAGCUACAGUUGCCGUGUGGAUUACAGCAACCUUGAAUCCCAGUGAUGAUAGCAUGUCACUAUUGCAGUUCUGACAAGAAACUUGAUUCCAAUGCAUACAUCGUUUUUUUUUAGUAAGCUUUCAGGAAAAAGUGCACGUUAGAAUUGAGUAAAUAUGGUAUUUCAUAGAUGCAAUGAAGAGGGAGCUGUGGAAUGAUCUUGCUAAGCAGAAAGUGUGAUUCACAAGAACUGGGAAUGUGUACUUGUAACAGUCCAGCCUGAGAACUUACCUUCUGCUUGGUAAGCUGAUUGCAUUAAUGCAACAUUGGUUAUGUUUUGGCACCACUGAUAAGGAAGCA